AGCUAGGCUAGCCCUGUAACUUAGUGGAGUACUCUGUAGUAAACCUGCUCUGGUGCCCCGGCGAUCGAUGCCCUUCCCCCGCCGUCACAAAGUCACAAUCACUCCUACAAAAAUCAUCAAGGAACAUCCGUCGAGAGAGCUGUCAGGGCUGCCAUAGUAAUCAGAACUAUUAACAUGAAAAAGAUAUAUUGUAGUUAUUUGCUAAACCCCUCUCAGCAAACGGCUUCCUUUUGUACAUACAUUCAUAAAUAUCUGGUAUCUCGCAUAUCCAAUCCAUGAGUAACUUGUACAAAGAAGCCAUCCACCUCGUCAAAGCGGAGGCCGCGACAUCCUCCCUUUCCUCCUCCGCACAAAGCCCUAAACCGCAUAUCAAAAGACACCCAUCUCUCGCCCCUCUCUACACCACAAUGGGACUCCAUCCACCAUGGAUGGCUACACAUUAAGCUCAAAGGCAACGAGGACUGCCUCUGAUAAUGACCGGAAAUCCCGUCAUCAUCUUUGCCGUCAAAGGCACUAUCGCGGCGGGCGAUGAGCCCCUCCCCUGGAUAUAUUAUCCGCAGAGCCAGAAGGGGGUAUACCCCUGUGUGGAAAUUAUGACUGGAGCUACGUUUCCGCCCACUUCUUCUUCUUCUUCUUCUUCUUCUUCUUCUACUACCAGUGCUCCUGCUAGGGAUGAACACCCCUUCGACUGCUGCGUGUCUUAUUCGCCCACCGCAUGUGAUGGCGUUGGCUUCUGUGGAGUUGAGACGGUGAGGGUUUUGCGGAGGCUGCGUGUGGGUGUCUUCUCAACUGAGUCGAAGCUGAUCAAUUAUUGUGGUGGUAGUAUUGGUGAUCGUGGUCGUGGUCACUUUGGGAUCCCGGAUGUCAAUGGCCCUUUUAUCUACGCAGUGUUAGAAGCGCAAGGGUGCGACGUGGACUUUCUUGGGGCGAUGGAGGAUAACGGCUAG